AUGUACGAUGAUCGAAACGAUGAAGAGUGUAGUUCAUCUUCUUAUGGCUACAAAAAUAAUCGGAAGGAUUUUGUCCGAUCACCACCAAGAGGACCAGCUGUUGCGGGUCGGUAUCAGCCACCGCCUCACGAUCGUGGGUGCCGUGAGGCCCGCAACGUAGGCAGCCGUGAAUUCGAGCGCUCGCGAUCCCCUCGAAGAGACAGCCGGUACACGGAUAGAGAUAGAGAAGACUAUCAAUCGCCACAACGAGAACGCAGUCGUAGUCGCUCUCCCUAUUUUGGUGCGCCACCAAACCGAAAUGUUAUUCUUGAGGGACUCCCAUUAGAUUUCACACAGGAAGACAAAUGGGCCAUCUUGGCCUCUUUCUUGGUAUCACAGAUUUUUGCUGAACUCCAACACGAUAAAAAUGUUACUGGUCUCGACGAAGUGAGGGUCAUCAAAGACAAGAGGACUGGACAAUCUCGCGGCUUUGCAUUUGUCCAAUUUAUCGGUAUCCCUGAAGCCAGAAAAUUCCUUGAAGAUUAUUACCCGGCCGUUUACCUCUACGGAACGCAAGACUCAAAUCAAGAUUCCUCAAUCAAACCUGCUAAAGUAAGAAUCGCCUACAGCCGAGAACGAGAUGACAGAGAGAAAGCUGGCAAGGGUGACGAUGACUGGAAGUGUGAUGUCUGCUAUCUACCAAAUUUUUCGCAUCGUACUUUGUGUUUUCGUUGCAAUGCUCCCAGAACGCGGUCAACGGUGCAGGGAAUCGUCAUGGCCCAGUCCUCUAUGCCAGGCUUCAUUACUACUGGCGAUAGCGACGUUUCGCCGGACGGUACUGCAUCACAGUUUCUUCUCUUCCGUGGUCUCGAACCUGGAGUAACAGAAGAAUUGCUAGCCAAAGGUGUGAGUAAACUUAUCAAAGUCAAAUCUGGGACCCCCCCUACCAAUCAAUCCAUUGCAAGGAAAAGUAAGAUUUCAUCGACUUCCAACGAUGCUAGUCUUGGUGCUAGAGAAGGAUCAAUGCGACGAGUUCUCCUUGUACGCGAUAGGAAAACAAACGAUAGCUGGAGGUACGGCUUUGCAGAGUUUAGCACUGUCGAAGACGCCCAAGCAGCGAUGGUGAAAUUCAGAUCACUAGAUAAAUUUACUAUCGCUUCUAAGCCAGUGAUAGCUGCAUAUAUUCAUGCUGGUGUUUUCGUCCCAAUUAUCCAACCACCUAAGGACGAGGAAUCCAACUUUACCUUCAGCCCGUUUUCUAAUACGUCGACCAAAUUGAUGUACUGGGACGAGGCUGCUUAUGCAAGUGAAUUGGUGACGGCGAUCAUUGAACAAACCGAACCUAAGGUCAAAGAGCUUAACAAUGCGAAGAGCAGCUCAAUAAUAGACCAAGAAGGCCUUGUGUCUCUCAGCAAAGACUCAGAGCCUCGAUCCAAGAAGAGGAAAGUGGAGAAGGAAAACAAGAUUGUUGCACCCCACCUUCAAUUCUGGACGAAUAGACAUGCCGAACUUCAUGGAAUUCCAAUCAAAACCAAAGAACCUGAGGAGAACAUCAAUGAUAUAACAAUUCAAGGCACCCGGACUGCACCACCUAAACAGAAAGUCCCUCGUAGUUUUGCUGACUUGGAAGCUAAGUGUUGCCAGUUAUGUCGGCGUCAGUUCAAGACAGAAGAUGAAGUUCACAAACAUGAGCGUAGGAGCAAACUUCACGAGGAGAACCUAAAAAAUCAGACACUCGUUUCUAAGGCCCUUGCAAAGCUCGGAAAUCUGAAUUCCGAUAGCAGUAACCUUUAUCGUGACAGGGCGAAAGAGCGCAGACGUGCAUUUAACCAGCCUAAACAGCCCGUCUUACCACCCAAUAGGACGUCUGUAGUAUUGACAAAAGAAGCUGAAGAUCCUGCACCGAUUCAAUCAAAAGGAGCGGCUUUACUUGGAAAAAUGGGGUGGAGUGCUGGAGAAGGUUUAGGUGCUCUAGGUACUGGACGAACCGAGGCAAUUAGUACCGAUUUGUAUGCAAAGGGUGUAGGUCUUGGGGCGAAAGGAGGAAAAAUUGGUGACGCGGCAGAAGAAGCACAUAGGCAAACAAAGGGUAGCUAUGCUGAUUUUUUGAGCAAGACGAAAGAAAAGGUAAAGGAAAGAUUCGAAAGUCUUUCGUAA